AUGGAGAUGCAUGCGUCUGGGCCGACUCCGUCUCAGCUGCCGGACGGCGAGCGCCUGCCUUCCGCUGGCUACCCAAACGGCGGAGUGGAGGAAAGGAAAGAGGAUGUUACGUCUUCCGCUUUCUCCUUCCCCGCUCAGAAGACUGCGCCCGCAAAUCCUGUUUCUGGGCGGGAGGGCAGGGACAGCGGAGCUGUCGAGCCUGGUGCGAGAGCAGAAGGGAUGCGCGCACUAGAGGAGCAAGUUCAAAACCUCGAUUCAGACUGGGACGAACUCCAGAAACUGCAGUACAUGACCGAAGAAGCCGCCUAUUCCCUAGUUCAGAGCGGCGCCAGCCCUCACUCUGCAGGCGCCGCUGGACCUACCGAUGGAGCUUCACCCGGCGGUUCGCAAAACGUGGCGGGUUUCGCAAACACCGACACGGACGAGGUUGACCGACGUUCUGUCUACGUCGGAAACGUGGACUACUCCUCCACGCCGGCCGAACUGCAGGAGCAUUUCAAGUCAUGCGGCACCAUCAACCGAAUCACCAUCAUGGUGGAUAAAUACACUGGACACCCCAAAGGUUACGCUUACAUCGAGUUCAACAGCGAGGCAGCCGUGCAGAAUGCAAUUCUUCUCUCCGACACCGUCUUCAAGCAGCGACAAAUCAAGGUGGUUGCCAAGAGGAAGAACAUCCCCGGUUUUGCACGUGGCCGAGGCUGGCGCGGCGGGCGCAUGGCGGCGGCCGGGGGCAUGAUGGGGCGAGGCAGGCCGAAACGCUCGUUGAACUUGGAGAGGGAUCGAGGCGCAAGAGGAGGAUUCCGCCCGAUCUACCGGCCCCGUGGAGGCUUUGCAAGAGGCUACGGUCGCCCCUAUUAG